AUGGGGAUCACUGGUCUCCUUCCGUUUCUGAAGAGCGUCACCUACCCAACCCAUAUCAGCGAGUAUCGUGGUCUCAAAGCGGGGGUGGAUGCCUACUGCUGGCUUCAUCGUGGUGCUUUUAGCUGCGGGAUGGAGCUCUGCACUGGUGUGGCCACCGACAAGUACGUCGCUUUUUGUAUGAAGCGUGUGAACCUCCUACUGCACCACGGGAUCCAGCCCGUCAUGGUAUUCGAUGGCGCAAGCCUCCCCAUAAAAAGGAGCAUUAAUCUGGAGCGCCGGAGACAGAGAGAGACGGCGAGGAGCAAGGGUGAGGCAGCGCUAGCGGCGGGGGAAGCUGGCGCAGCUGCCCAACACUUCUCCAAGGCCGUCGGAGUGACGCACGACAUGGCCUUCCUCUUGAUGAAGGCGUUGCGACAAGCGGGGGUAGAGCUCGUCGUGGCGCCGUACGAAGCAGAUGCCCAGCUGGCAUUUCUCAGCCGAACCGGUGCUGUGGAUGUUGUCCUAUCGGAGGAUUCCGAUUGCCUUCCUUAUGGGUGCAAGAAGGUGCUGUUCAAGAUGGACAACGAGGGCCACGGGCAAGAAAUUCAGCUGAGAAAUCUCGCUGCAAACACACCGCUUUCGUUGAGCAACUGGAAGAACAGCAUGUUUUUGGAUCUCUGUCUUCUGGUGGGGUGUGACUACAUACCUUCUUCGGUGAAAGGACUGGGCAUCGCAACUGCAUACAAGCUCGUCGAUAGACAUCGGAGCCUGGACAAGAUCAUCGGCGCUAUAAACUCCUCAAGGUUCGUCAUACCAGAGGGAUACUGGGAACAAUACAAGAGGGCGCGAUUGACUUUUCGACAUCACAUCAUCUACAAUCCGGAGACAGAGGAUGAGAAGGGGCACAUGGCUGACGGGAAGGCCAUGGGCUGGCAGCAAGGGCCCGACAUAGGGUUGAGGGCCACCGGCGAGGGUUGGGGCCAACGACUUUCUGUGAAGAGUGAUGAAACCGCGGACGCGAGACACGAUGGACACAAAAACGAGGGAUGCAUGUACCCUGCCGCGGAAGGGUCUGCGCACAGGAAGCCGGAUAGCCGUGAGACCAACCAAGACCACGCUCGUGAGGCGAACGUGCGGCAAGGUCUACUAGCGUUGACCGGCGAGGUUCCAGUUGCUGACCAAGCCAAGUUCGUACCUGCUUCUGCACAGCACUUUCGAAGCACACAGGUGAGCCAGGGGCUCGAGACACUCCAGCGCAGGAAAAGGCGCCUGUACCCAGCAGAAGACCCCGAGUGCCUGGGGCUACCAAGCAGAGGACAGCAACACCAGGUCCAGCCUGGCGCCGCUGAUAGAAUGCUGCACGGAAGCAACCUGCCAGUUUUCGGGGCCAGGGUUGACAAUCCAACUUGCAAGUCUGGUGUCGAUCGUCCAGCUGAUAAUAGUGGGUUGUGGAUGGUCCAACCUCAAGAGGCGAGAGGAAUGUCGUCCGUCAACCCGCCUGCACCUGUAUCUUCGCCUGUGAGACUGCGAGCAGGGAGUCGUUUAGGGUCACCCGAAGCUCGAGUGUUGACGGCUUCCUCUAGGCGGUGGACACUACCUGUACCUUCGACCGCGCCUCCGGUAAACCGGGAAGGGUUCCCGCUAUUGCGCUUGUUAGAUGGAAAGGGGAAGGUUGCCCCCGAGCGAUCGUGGAGUGUAGACCGGCGAAUAGGCGGCGCAAGGGUAGGACAGCCGUCGCCCAAGCGCACACGCGGGGUUGAAUUUUGGGACAACCUCUUGGGCUAG